CAACACAGCGGACAUCGACAUUUUCAGAGGAUGGUUGUUUAACAAGCUCAGGAAUUAAAUAAUCUUCCAAAAUUGAUUUUUCAGCAGCGGAUGUUUUUUUGUACAGCUACUGAGAUUUGACUUGGAAUAUAAGCAAGAAUCUUUAUUGUUUAGACAAAGAGAUCGUGAGGCGUUGUUUGGAGCAAUCCAUCUUGGACAAUGAAGCGGCAAGUAUUGUCCUUUCUCUCUCUCGUUUUGAUUGACUCGGUGAUUGCGCAGAUCAGUUAUUCUAUUCCAGAGGAAAUGCCAAAAGGAUCUUUGGUGGGAAAUUUUGCACAGGAUUUAGGUUUAGAGAUUAAACGUGUUAUAUCCGGUAAAGCAAAGAUCUAUUCCAGGAAUAGUGAGGAGUACGUCGAGCUGAGCAGAGAAAGAGGGGUCCUCCUUGUUAAAGAGCGAAUUGAUAGAGAGGCAUUGUGUACGGAGAUGGAGGUUUGUACUUUAGAUUUCCAGAUCAUAUUGGAGAAUCCGAUAGAAUUUUACAGUGUUACAGUACAAAUCACAGACAUUAAUGAUAACGCACCGACAUUUGAGAAAAGGGAAAUAAAAUUUAAAAUCAGUGAGUCAGCCGUGGCAGGGGCAAAAUUCGACCUAGAAAGAGCUUUGGAUCAUGACGUUGGACUUAAUGGAGUUCAAAUAUAUGAAUUACGUCCGACAAAUAAUUUUGCUCUGAAGCUGCAUAAUAAUCCCGAUGGCAAUAAAAACGUGGAGAUGGUGUUACAAAAGCCUUUGGACAGAGAGAAACAGGAUCAGAUAAAUCUGAUCUUAACGGCUGUAGAUGGAGGAGAGCCGCAGAUGACAGGAACGAUGCAAAUUGUUAUUACAGUAUUAGACGUUAAUGAUAAUGCUCCUGUUUUUACACAGAAAACAUACAAAGCUGCAGUUAGUGAAAGCUCGCAAACUGGAACAGUUGUUCUCACCGUUACAGCCUCGGAUAAAGAUGAAGGUACUAACAGUAAAAUAACAUAUUCUAUCACAAACACACAGGGAACAAUCAGACAACUUUUUGCAGUUAACAAAGAAAAUGGCGAACUUUCUCUAACUGGAAACAUUGACUUUGAAAAGAAUAGGCACUUUCAAGUUAAUAUACGUGCAAUUGAUGAAGGAGGACUAACUGAUUCCUGCAAGGUAAUUGUUGAUGUGUUAGAUGUUAAUGACAACACGCCUGAAAUCAACAUAAUGUCCAAGUCAGGACUGAUAUCAGAACAUGCUGAACUCAAUACAGUUGUUACAGCAAUAAACGUUGAGGAUCUAGACUUUGGAGAAAACGGAAAGGUAAAAUGCUUCAUCACUGAAAAUAUACCAUUUCUUCUAAAAUCAUCAACAAUUAACUUCUAUAGUUUAGUAACAGACAGUGAAUUAGACAGGGAACGAGCCUCUGAGUAUAACAUAACAGUGACCUGCUCUGAUGAAGGAGUCCCCUCCCUCUCCAGCAGCGUCACUCUCACCUUACAGAUCUCUGAUGUGAAUGACAACGCGCCUGUCUUUGAGAGGAGCUCAUAUGAGGCCUACAUUGUAGAAAACAACACACCAGGUCUCUCUAUAUUCACAGUGAAAGCCACAGACGCUGACUGGAACCAGAAUGCCCGUGUUUCUUACAUACUGGAGGACUCCUCUGUUAACGGAGUACCAGUCUCCUCAUAUGUGUCCGUUAGUGCUGAUAGUGGAGUCAUCCAUGCAGUGCGCUCUUUUGACUACGAGCAGAUCAAAGAUUUCCAUUUCCGGAUCAAAGCGCAGGAUGGAGGCUCUCCUCCACUCAGUGGCAACGUGACUGUUAAAAUCCUGAUCCAGGAUCAGAACGAUAACCCACCUCAGGUUCUGUACCCAGUCCAGACUGGUGGCUCUGUGGUGGCUGAAAUGGUGCCUCGUUCAGCAGAUGUGGGCUACCUGGUGACUAAAGUGGUGGCUGUUGAUGUGGACUCUGGUCAGAACGCCUGGCUCUCCUAUAAACUGCAGAAAGCCACAGACAGGGCGCUGUUUGAAGUGGGCUUACAGAAUGGAGAAAUAAGAACUAUCCGUCAGGUGACUGAUAAAGAUGCUGUGAAACAGAGACUGACUGUUAUAGUGGAGGACAACGGGCAGCCCUCUCGUUCAGCUACAGUCAUUGUUAACGUGGCGGUGGCGGACAGCUUCCCUGAAGUGCUGUCGGAGUUCACUGACUUUCCACACGAUAAGGAGUACAAUGACAACCUGACUUUUUACUUAGUGUUGGCUCUGGCUGUGGUCUCCUUCCUCUUCAUCACGUGUUUAGUGGUUAUUAUAUCAGUGAAGAUCUACAGAUGGAGACAGUCCCGCAUCCUGUAUCACUCCAGCCUCCCUGUGAUUCCAUAUUAUCCUCCACGUUACUCAGACACUUUGGGAACAGGGACUCUGCCACAUGUGUACAACUACGAGGUGUACAGGACGACUGACUCCAGAAAGAGUGACAAUAAGUUUGGAGGAGCUGGUAGUCAGAACGUGUUGAUAAUGGAUCCCAGUUCUACAGGGACGAUGCAGCGGAUACAGAGUGAGAAGAACAUCCUGGAUGAACCUGACUCUCCUCUAGAGAACCAGUGA